AUGCAUAAAUACAAUGCCCAGUAUGCGACAAUUGAGGUGAACGGAAAUUUUCUUGGAGCACAAGCAAAGAUAAAUAUUUGGAAACCGGUUACGGAAACACCAUCUGAAAUAAGUGUAUCCCAAAUCUGGGUCACAGCCGGUGACGACGACGUAAAAAAUACAAUUGAAGCCGGAUGGAUUGUGAACGACUACGUAUAUAACGACGACCAACCUAGAUUUUUUAUAUUUUGGACGGACCAAAUUGGCGGACAUUGGUGGGUUCAUCUACAAGGCAUUGCGGUCGGAUAUUAUCCAAGUUCUCUCUUCACAAAAUUAUCAAAGACAUCAACAAGAAUAAUUUUUGGUGGAGAAAUCUUCAAUGGCAAAAGUAAAGGACAACAUACUUCGACACAAAUGGGUAGCGGUCAUUUCCCUUCAGAAGGUGGUUUGAAAAUAUCGAGUUAUUUUAAUUGGGUUCAAGUAGUUGAUGAAAAUUACGUGACCAAGGAUCCUAAAAAUGUUGAGACAAGAGUUACAAAUUCAGACUGCUAUGACUUGAAAGUUGACGAUGAAAAUUAUGAUACAAAUGGAUACGGAUUUUAUUACGGAGGUCCCGGUUAUAAUGAAAAAUGUCGAUAA